ACCACACCUCAUAUCAAUUCCAAUUCAAUUGAUAUAGCUAGCUGGCUUCUUUUUUGGUUCAAGUAAUCACAAUGACGAGUGGAUUAGGGUGGUUAAUAUUUUUGUUCGUAUUGGCUGCCGGAGAGGGGGCUCAGGUCGACGGCAAUAGUACUACCGCUCUCACUGUGGGUUUUUACGACCGAUCCUGCCCAGAAGUAGAAUCUAUAGUGAGGGCAACCAUGGAGGCCCAUUUUGCGUCAAACUCGAGGGUGGCUCCGGGCAUUCUCCGAAUGUUCUUUCACGACUGCUUUGUGAGGGGCUGCGACGGCUCCGUCCUCCUCGAUGGUCCAUCUUCAGAGAAAACCGCCCCACCGAACCGCAACUUGAGGGGGUUCGAAGCCAUCGAGGAGGCAAAGGCCCAAUUGGAGUCCGCCUGCCCAGGAGUUGUAUCCUGCGCAGACAUCCUGGCCCUCGCUGCGAGGGAUGCCGUGAUUUUGACUAAUGGACCGAGGUGGUCAGUGCCCACAGGCCGGAGAGAUGGGCUGAUCUCUUUAGCUUCUGAAACGGCAAAUUUGCCUUCGUUUUUGGACUCUGUUGAAACACAGAAACAAAAAUUCAGUGACAAGGGGCUCAACCUUCAGGAUAUGGUCACCCUUGUGGGGGGGCAUACAAUUGGAACUACCGCGUGUCAAUUUCUCAGCCAUAGGUUGUAUAACUUCAACAAGACGUCAAAAGCUGAUCCCUCUAUCAAUCCGAGCUUCCUCCCUCGGUUGAAAGCCCUGUGUCCUCCCAAUGGCGAUGCAGUGAGGCGUGUGGAGCUGGAUACAGACAGUUCAGCCGUGUUCGAUACAUCUUAUUUCUCAAACCUAAAGAACAGCAGAGGGGUUCUUGCCUCUGAUCAACUGCUGUGGAAUGACAACUCCACCAAGCCCAUAGUCCGGCAAUUGCUGGGGGUUGGAGGCCCCUCCCCUGCAAUCAACUUCAAUAUGGAGUUCGGAAAUGCCAUGGUGAAGAUGGGGGCCAUCCAAGUCAAGACUGGGGCAGGUGGCGAAAUUCGAAAGAUCUGCUCAGCUCCAAACUGAAAACCAAUGUUACUCCAUAAACAAAUAUACACAGUGUCUGUGCCUAACGAGCUGAUUCAUGCCAAUGGUUCAUUUCUCUGCUUCCAUUGUAUGAUAAAGCUAGCUAGCCUUUUCAGGCAGAGACACACUAUAUACUAUAUAUAUAAAUGCUUUAUUUAUGUGCGUAUAAAUGUGUAUUGGACACUGAAGUUUGAAAUAAUAUAUAAAAUUACCUCUUCCAU